GUACGCACCUCAAUCGCAGCAACACCAGCUUCGUUUAUCUAUACCAUGUCUGCUCAAGAUUACUAUGGCGGCGGUGGCGGCGGUUACCCUCAGCAUCCCCAACCUUCUUACGGUCCUCCCCAAGGUCAAUACGGCCCUCCCCAAGGCCAGUAUGGCCCUCCUCAGGGACAGUAUGGUCCCCCUCAAGGGCAAUAUUACGGUCCACCCCAAGGCCAACCUCCCAUGCAGUACCAACAAGCACCUCCUCAGCAAAGUGGUGGCAAGCGCGGCGGCGGCGGCUGCUUGACGGCUUGUCUGGCGGCCAUGUGCUGUUGCUGUGUUGCUGAAGAGGGAUGCGAGUGCUGGUAAGUCAACUCUCGUGGAGUCAUUGGCGUCAUCAACUAUUGGAGGCUCUUGACUAGCACCAAUUGAGCUCCGCGCAUGCUCAAAACCAAACCGAAGCGAAUACAUACUGAUGUGUGUCGCCCUCUAGCAUCGAUUGCUGUGACUGCCUCUUUUAAGCGGCCUGCCUCAGCAAACAAAGUUAAUACGAUCCCCACGAUAUAUAUAAUAAGCCCGCGCAUGGCUCUAUGAAAACUCCAAGAAUCAUUACACCUCUUCAAACAAUUUGUAAAAGCCUUUACGAAUACUCUGUUCCUUGAUUAAUUAAUAUAUGACGUUCUCUCGCAGAGAUGGUGGACGUGGCAUUACCAGGACAAACAGAUCCAGUAACCGGACUGAACAGCCGAGUGCGGUUCAAUGUUCGAGCAUACUGACCGAUCGAUGGGCGUAGCU